UCUGAACUCGAAACUUGGAUCAUGGAGACCCUGACUUUCAAUUGCAUUUAUUGAUUCAACUCUGCGACGGAUGCUGACAUGAAGCAUACAAACAGCUACAGAAAAUGCGGGACAUCGUAGAGAUGGAUGAUCCAGAAGAAUCCAGUCUCCUCGGCUCAGAUGAGCUCACUCCAGACAAUAACGCAGACCUCGUUCUUUCCGCCGACUUGUUUAACACGAACAUUGAAGACCUGCAACCCGAUCCAAUCCAUGUUUUCCGUCUUUGGCAGCUCUAUUGUGAUCGUGUCAACCCCCUUUUCAAAAUUCUUCACAUACCAAGCCUGCAGUCCUUGAUCGUGGACGCAGCGAGUAACAUGGCUGCUAUACCGCUACAUAACCAAGCCCUUCUUUUUUCCAUCUUCGCCAUGGCAACUGUUUCCAUGUCGGCUGCCGAGUGCAUACAAACAAUUGGCAUGUCUCGCGAUGUUGCCAUCCAGAAGUUCAAUACCGGCACCAAAGCGUCCUUAAUCAAAUAUAGUUUUCUCAAAAAUUAUAAUAUGACCACACUGCAGGCCGUUGUUCUCUAUCUACUUUCUCUAGAAGGACGCUACGAUAGACAUGCUCAAUGGGUCAUCAGUGGAGUCAUUAUGCGGAUAGCCCAGAAAAUGGGCUACCAUCGAGAUGGCUCACAGCUCAACUUAAUCCCCUUCGAAACGGAGAUGCGCAGACGCAUUUGGUGGCAGAUUAUGAUGCUCGAUGCCAAAUGUGCCAUGAUGUCCGGUUUAAGCCAAUCAUGGUCGAAUCUUGGCUGGGACACCAAGAAGCCUCUGAAUUUGAACGAUGCGGAUCUUUUCCCCGGCUCGACGGAGCCGGUCGUGGAGCGCGACGGCCCUACAGAAAUGGCUUUCAGCAUUGUCAUUUCAGAAAUAUUCCGAUUCAAAUUGGAAACCGAUGGAUCCAACGAAUCCCGUGCCUUUGAGGCUGCCAUGAUGGGCCAGACGCUCGAUGACGGUCCAGAAUCGGAAAAUAACACAAAAGCCAUUUUCGAGAAGUUUCGGAAAAAGGCAGAGGCACUGGAAGAGAGACUGCUGGAAAUUGAAAAGAAUAUGAUCGACAUAAGAGCGGGCAAUGUUCACGUCGCAGCGCUUGCUAUUCGACCAAUGCUCACUCGUAGGUUGAAGGAGAUGCUCGUCCCGAUACAAGAGCAACCAGAGUGGGGGACUGAGAUUUUCGGUCCCAAGGAUAACUUCUUCAAGGUUCUUUUGAUGAUGAUGGAGCACAAGACAGAGGCACACGAGCAAAUGGUCGCCGCUGGCUUUCAGUGGUUCAUGCGUUUUCACUUUCAGCUCGAUGCAUUUGCAGUCUUCACGGGGUUGCUCCACGACCGCCCGGUGGGAAGUCUGUCGGACCGCGCCUGGGAGGUAAUGCGCAGAAUCUAUGGUGACCAUCACGAAUUCUCCGACAUGACUAUCAAACCCCACGUCGUCCAAGCCCAAUUUGUGCUCAAAGCUUGGCGGGCGCGGGAGCUUGCCUACAGCCAGAAUGGCCAGAGAAUUGAUACUCCACCCUUUAUCAAUCGACUCAGGGAGUUGGUGCCAUCGCCUGAAUCCAGGUCAUCUGGCCAGGGAUCCGUGACAUCUCCCGCGACGACGGUGACACCUCAGCAGCAGCCGCUGACAGGAUUCAACCAAUUCCUUGGGGGAUAUCUCGAUGUCUCUACAGUCAACUGGGAAAUGUUUGGGGAAUUCUUGCCGAGUAGCGGAGAACAACUCUCAGCCUCCAUGUUUGAUGGAUAUACCAUGGGCAAUCUCAAUAUGGGCAAUAUGGGCUAGAAGCUCGUUGCUCCGGAAGAGAUACAUACUACGAACCCAGCCACAGAAGAUGAACGUGGAAAAGAUACAGCCGGAAUGCAUGGUGUAUGGUUGACUGAAGGGAGCAAAUUUGGAUGGACCAGGCUCGGCGGACCUCGACAUCGGA